GAAAAUUUAAAUGAUUAUGUAAAUGAAUUAGAAAAUGAAACAUUGACAAAAAGUUUUAAAAAUAGUAAUACUGAAAUUAUAAAUGGCAUAGAGUUAAUUGUUGAAUGUGCAAGUGAUGAAGAAAUUAGCGAAGUAAGUGAAAGAGAAGAAAAUUCAAAAUCAAGAUCAAAAACCAUAAUAAUUAGAGAAAAACCAAAUGCUUCUGAAGUUGAUGUAAGUUUAUCUGAAACAGAAAAAUCGGAUUCAUACAAUAUUAUAGAAUCAAAAUCAAAAAUAAAUGCAGAUUUCAGUAAGGGUACUGUUGAAAAUAAAAUAAAGAGAAGAAAUAGAAAGAAAUCUGUACUCUAUAAAGCAAUAGUUUCUGAAUCUGAAAACAGCAUAAAAUCAAAUUCUGAUGAUGAGGACUAUAGCCCUAUUACAAGAAAAAGAAUUAAAAAAUUUAGUCCAAAAAAAUAUAUAAAAGCUACAGAAACAAAAAGAGGUAGAGGUCGUCCUCGUGGUAGACCACCAAAAAUUAGGAAAAUAUUGAACGAAUUAUUAGAUCAUAAAAAGGAACAUAUAAAAGAAUCUUUCAAAUUAAAUAUUGAUCCAAAGUUUGAUGAAAAAGCAGAUAAAAAUCUUGUACAAGUAACAAUUUCAAAUAAUACGGAUGAAUCAAAGAAUGAAAGUUCUGGAAAAGAAACAUUUAAUGAAUACUAUAACAUUAAAAAUAUAAAAACAAAAAAGUCCAGUCAAUUUAAAAAUAAGAUGAUAGAUAAAUUAAAAAAAUUGAUUCAGACUGCUGGAAUUAAGGUUCAUUGUUAUCAAGCCUUACUCAAAGAUUAUAAAACAGAUACUUCUAAAAUAAAAUAUCUAUAUAAAUUCUUAGAAGAACAUGGUAUGGUAGGAAGACCAACUUUAGAAAAGUGUAAAAAACUUCGAAUAAAAAAUUAUACUAUGAAAGAAAUUGAGGAAUUGAAUACAAAAAGUAUUAUUUCAGAAACUCGUAGUGCUCGAGGUAACAAUACACGAAAAUUCAUCAUUGAAUCAGAAGUUUCUGCAUCUCCAAAUAAAAAAUGUUGUUCUUCAUUUAAAAGAAUCAAGGCAAUUAUUGAUAGUGACUCUGAAUAACACAUGAUUUACUAAAUAAUUUUAUAUUUAAAUAUAUUCUUAUAAUUUACUAUACAUAUUUGAAAAU